AUGAUGCUUUGCAAUAGGAUUAAUAUAAAUAAUUGCAUGAAAAGGGUACAGCUGUCCGGAUCCCGCUACAUCCAUACCAGAAGUGUUUUGCGAAAAGGUCUUCCAUCAUCACCUGAAAUGAAAAGUAACGAACCAUGGUCAAACGAGCGUUCAGAGAAUGCUACGGCUAACUCAAAGUCGUCAAUAACAAGUAAGGUAGUCGGGAUUGCGAGAUCGUUACAAGAAAACACACAGCCACCUAUAAAUAUUGACUCACAAUAUACCAGGAAGUUUUCUCUUGGAGAUACGUAUGAUCCAUUUGAUUUGUCGAGCGACAAAUUAGACAUAGAGAGAAGAGAGGCAAGAACAAGAGCAAACUCUGCAAACAGAAUAGACAAGUUUGAUAGAGCAGGAAUAGAUCCAUUAGAUUUAUAUACAAUGCCAGAGAUAUUGUCCGGAUUCUUAACUUCCACGGGUCAGAUACUUCCAAGAGAAGUAACAGGCUGCAACGCAAAGAACCAAAAGAAACUAGGCAUUGCUAUCAAGAGAGCAAGAAGCUGUGGCCUCUUGGCUUCUGUACACAAGUAUUCAAGGUAUCUCCCUCAGAGAAAUAUGUAG